GUUUCAUUUUAGAGCCUCAGUCGAGUUUCUGUGUGCGCGCGUGAUAGAGAGUUGGAACUGAAUGCAGUUUGUUGUUUUUUCUUAAUUCCGUCUUCUCAAGGAAUUCCGCAUGUAUUUUAAAAUUAAAGACUUGCUUAUGAUCCAUUCCUUUUACAGAGAUUCAUUCUGUUUAUUGCUAUCUUGGUUAAUAUUUUCAUCGUGUCAAUUUAUUUCCUUUUCCUAAUACACGGCCAUCAGAGGACAUCAUCCUGGCUAACAUUCCCACUAUGAGAGUAGUAGAUAAGCUACCAAAUUAUGUAUCAUAAAUCUCAGGUUUCAUUUCUGGAAGGAAUGUCAUCUGCUAAUCAGUGGUGUGUACCAGAUGAAAUGCAUGAUGUCUUGUCAGUUGAUUUGGAUCGCAGCUUUUCUAGCUUGGAAGCCGAUCUUUGUCCCUCUGCUAAUGCAAUGAGUUCUGGUGUAUUUGCUGUACCAGAAAUAACUAUUCGGAAGGAAGAGGAGCGUAACAGCUUAAAUCCUUCUGUUGCUGAUACAUUCAGGUGCCUUCAAGAUUUAUCUGGAGAUAUACACAGCAACUCUCAUGGAUCUGAGAAAUGUCAAAUAGAGUGUUAUCCUGUAAGCAUUGUGCAUGGCAAAAAGAUUCGAUAUUCCCAAUUGACUGACAUUGAUUGUUCUAACAGUGUGAAACGAUUUUGCAUAAACAAGGAUCAAGAACAUUCUGAAAACUUUCAGGUGACCAGAUGCCGUCCACAUAGUCUGUCUGCACCAGAGUUACGCACAACCAGCAGUCAUUUUUAUUCAUCAGGCUCAGUCAUUAACACAAUCCUGUCUCAAGUUGUGCAGCUUCCUGUCAUACCACCUUUACAGAAUGCUGAUCAAGGAAAUCAGGGACCACCUCAUCCAUUCCAUUGUAUUUUGUUGGCACCAACUUCUAUAACCACUAAAAUAAAUGAAGAAACACUUACAUACUUAAAUCAAGGGCAGCCAUAUGAAGUGAAAAUAAGAAAGAAUUCAAUGUUCCCAUGCGAAAAAAAUGCCCUUUUUAAAAGUGUUAUUCAUAUUGGCUUUCAAGAAAGACGAUUACAAUAUAUGGAAAGAGAGCAAAUUAAGGAGUGGCAGGCUCAAAGGUUUGGUGAACGAAUUCUUGAAAUCGAUGUACCACUUUCUUAUGGUUUGCUAGAAGCAGUAAAUAACUCCACAAACAUCAAUGAAUGUGAAUUUGUUUGGGAUCCUACUCACGAUAUUGGAGUAUUUGUGAAGGUGAAUUGUAUAAGCACCGAGUUUACUGCAAAAAAACACGGUGGCGAGAAAGGUGUGCCAUUUCGUAUCGUAAUAGAUACGUAUUUUGUCAAUAACCCAUCUGAAAAACUUCAUUCUGCAUCAUGCCAAGUUAAAGUUUUUAAGCCCAAAGGAGCUGAUCGAAAGCAUAAGACUGAUCGAGAAAAAAUGUCUAGACGUUUACAGCAUGAUAAAGAAAAAUAUCAUCCUCAGUACGACUAUACUAUCUUCAGAGACCUAUGCCCUUCUGAUUCUUGGGCUUUAGUUCAUUCAAAUAAUUCUAACUAUGCAUCUGCUGGAACUUCACCAACACCUAGCUCGCCCCUUUCAAGUGGAUGUUCUCCCCAGAGCCCUCCUUUGGAAUGUUUAUUAGAUUCUCCGAAGAAGGACUGUUACGAAGGAACACCAGCGACUUCCACCACUGAUACUCGAGAAUGCGUUGAAAAUUAUUUUGACAAAACUGCAGCCAUAUCACAUGAUUUUACUCCUUCUCAGUGUACGGCCUGGUUACAAAAAAACAUGUUUGGGAAUUAUGUAAAAGAAUUUUCAAGCUUCUCUGGAGCUGAUAUCCUAAAUCUCACUCGCACUGAUUUGAUUGAAAUCUGUGGUGCUGCCAAUGGUAUCCGACUUUAUAAUGCAUUACACAAAAAGGGCUAUGUGACAACUUAUGUGCGAUUACCUACUCAAAAAGCUUACAGUGCUAUUUAUUUAAAGACUACUAGAGUGGUAGAAUUUGUUACGAAGAUAAAAUCAUUUUGUGGAUUGCCUGAUGAGUACAACUGUGAAUUUUUUGUUAGUGGACCUGCUGGAACACGUGUAAUAGUCACUGACGAGGUCGUCUGCAAUAUGCUACAAGAUUCGUUAUUUGUUGUUGAAUGUAUAGAAGGUUCUUGUGAAGAACAAUGCUGUGUGUUUUUAAAACAAAUGAUGAAUUGAGCUAUUUUCUGUAUAUUUGUAGAGCAUUUUUUUUUUUUUUUUGUUAUAAAAGUAUUAUACAAUGUUCACGCCUUUCUAUUGCUUAUUUUUUAUUUUCCUUUUUAUCAUUACAAUUUAUUAUGAAUUUGUUGGAAUUGUAGUAGUAAUUUUAGUAUCCAAAACUUAUGACUGUACAGUAAGUUAGCUCAGAUAAACUUUUUGUGAUAUGUUGAAAGUUGUUGAAGUCUAUAUGGUGCAAGUGGAAUUGUAAUUUGGUGAAGAUUAAUUAAUAAACGUUGUGCAGUUUUUCAUUGGA